GGGGGGUGAGGCGUGGCCCUGCGCAUGUCUGGGACUCGCCUCACGGGAGGCGGCGCCCUUUGCAGGGCCAACCCUUCAGAGGGUCCUGGGACUGCCAGGCCUUCAGGGGACUGGGCUGCGCUGGCUGCCGGCCUGGCUGCGGGUGUGGCUGCGGCUCCGGUUCGCGCUCUGCUUGUGGCUGCGGCUCCAGGUCCAGGUGGAAUGCGGCUGCGGCCCCCUUGUGGCUAGGCUCUGGCUGGGGCUGGCUCUCAGCUUCCGGUGCUCUUGCAGCUGCCCCUGCUGUUGAGCCGUGCUCUAUGGCGGAGAGAGGGCGGCGCGGGAGAGGCCGGGCUCCGCGGGAACCCGUGCACCCGCCUGGACUUAGGGCCCGCGUUCACAAGGCGGAGGCUCCGAGAGCACAGACCCCACGGGCCUGCGGAGCAGGGGAGAGUGCGGUCCAGUCGGAGGCCCGUGCAUCGCCUCGGGAGCCCUCAGGGAGCGGGGAGGAGGCCAGGCUGCGUGAGGGCGAGACCUUGCUGGGUCCCGCAGGCAUGCGGUUGGUUGGAGAGGGGCGCGGGGCAAAGAAGCCAGCAGAGCGGGAGAAGCGGGCCAAGGGGAAGCCAGGUGGCCUCAGACAGCCGCGCCAGGAAAAGCAAGAGGAGAAACAGCCAGCCCAGGCGGCGUUGUCAGCGGAAGCGGCCUCGGAAGCGGCAGGUGACCCCCCCUCAGCCCUCCCGCCUGUGGAACAACUGCGAGCCCUCCGCCUGGAUCCGCAACCAGUGACUAUCCAGGCCCGCAAGGACUUUGGCAGCCUGGGCAAGAAAGAGAGGCACAGGCGCAAGGCUCACCUGAAGCGCAGGAGUCUCCUCAUCCAGGACAUCCCUGGCUUCUGGGCCACAGCGGUAUCCGUUUGUGCUGAACCUCUUGGAGGCACCUAAGACCUGAGCGUUGAGCUCCUUGACCCCAGGCAGAUGGCCCGCCAUCCAGAGAUGUCGGCAGUGAUCAGUGAGGAAGAUGAAGACAUGCUGAGCUACAUGACCAAUUUGAAGG